CAGCAACAUGGAACUUGUGCACGUGUUGGCAGUGUUCCGUCAUGGCGACCGGUCACCCAUUACAGGAGCCGUGGGAACGAUGCUCAAGAUGAGCGAGGGAGAUACGGCGUACUGGAUAUCUCAACUUGCGUCAGAAUCUUCGCGCCGUCGUCUCAAUGCCCUUGUCGCGGUCCAUGGAAGUGACUCGGAUGCGCCUCCUCCGAUGCCUGGAGGAGUGUGGCCGAAGGGCCAUCUGACGGAACAAGGUGUGGCGGACAUGGAACGUCGCGGCCGUGCAUUUCGUCGACGAUACCAAGUGUUCCUGGCCAACAUAAACAUCCAUGACGUCGUUUACGCCACUUCCACGAACAUCCGCCGAACCAUCCUGUCGGCUCAGAGUUUCCUCGCUGGCCUAUGUCAUGAUAUUGUUGGCUUGACCUCAGAUAAUCCUUUCGUGUUGCACACUGUCGACCCGAAAGAGUUGACGCCCAUCCUCACGGGCCACGACUACCGCCAAGGCGCGCAACAUGCGAGGGAGGUGGCGCUGAGUACACUACCAGGUUACAAGGCAUUGGAAGAUGCCGUCAAGGACGUGCUUGGCAUUCGUGGCGUUGUUAAUUGGGCUUCAUUGCGCGAGGUGUUAGACUGUCUUCAAGCCCAUGAAUUGCCGUUGCCCAAUGGAAUGACCACCGCAAUGUACGAGUCCAUCGUCCGUCACGCUGCUUGGGAAUGGUACAUGUUCUACAGUGAUGUCCAGCGAGGCCAACGGGGGUUUCUGCUUGCGAUGCGGACCUUCCAAUCAUUGCUCUCCGACGCUAUCGAGAUGGCGCCGCAGAGACGCCGGCUCACUUUGGUGUCUGCGCAUGACAACUCGCUCGUGGCCCUCGUGUGCGCACUGCAACUUCAUCAUUCCAGUGGCAUCAUCGCGCCAUCAUAUGGAUCCAUGCUGGUUGUGGAGGUGUACCGCGACAACCGAGACGGGUCCCAUCAUGUUGAUGUGCAUUGGGAUGGCAAACCACUUCGAUUCCCCAACCAAACGACAUCGCUGGUACACAUCCAAGUGCUCCACGCAGCGAUCGCGUCGUUCGUCCAAGCGCAUUCCCCAGCCCAUUCGUCAAUAUAAAGUCCGAG